CUGCCUCUCUCUUUUUCCGGCAUCGUGUAUGCUAGUAGACACAUUUCAUUGAAGUGUAAUUAUAAUGGCUGAUACAGCAAAAAAGCCUGUUGCUAAAAAGGGUGGAGAUAAAGCGGCGAAAAAGGGUGCUGCCGUUGCUGCUCCGGUCCCUGCUGUCAAAGGAGUGAAGAAAUCGCAGACUAAGGAAGCUAUCCUUGCCCGUACCCGUAAACCAAAGGGACAGCGUACUGCUAAGGCUGCUUUGCCAUACCAGAAGAAGAGUUAUGGACGUUUGUGGGCGAAGGCUGUGUUUACCGGAUACAAGCGAGGUCUACGCAAUCAGCAUGAGAAUCAUGCUAUUCUGAAGGUGGAAGGAUGUCGCAAUCGCAAAAAUGUCCUGUUCUACAUUGGCAAACGCUGCGUGUAUGUUUAUCGUGGAAAAGCAAAACGCAAUGCGCCGGGUGCUGCGGAGAAGAAGAGCAACAUUCGAGCUAUCUGGGGAAAGAUUACCCGUUCGCACGGUAACAGUGGCAGUGUGAGGGCACGAUUCAAGACUAACCUGCCUGGACAUGCUAUGGGUCAUCGCAUCCGGAUUAUGCUGUACCCAUCCAGGGUUUAAGUUUAUUUUCAACAUACUGUGUACAUUUAAACAAACCUCAAUUAAACAGAAACAUUAUUUCUGCCAAAAA